AUGAAUUCCUAUAAUAAUAGACAAGAUCAAGGUUCUGAUCAAUCUACAAGUCAACAACAAGGUUUAACAAAUUCAAAUCAGCAUCAUCAACUACAACAGCAGCAUAAUUUAGGUGAAUAUUCUAUGCAGGAUUCAAAUUUACCUUUACAACAAAGUAGUUUUCAAUAUCAAAAUCAAAUUCAACCUUAUUCAGUUAAUACAACUAUAACAACUACUAAUUCUACAUCAAAUUUCACUGAAUACAAUCAACAACAACAACAUUCUCAAUUUAUAGUGAAGCAUUAUACUCAAGAUCAGGGACAACAACAACUCACAAAUUCAACACAAUCUCAACAACAAACAUAUCCGAUUCAAUAUUCUACUCCACAAUCUACAUCCAGUGGGUUGAAUAUACAACCACAAAGAUCACAUGUUUCUACUAGAGGUUAUAACAAUUUAUCAAAUCAACAAGGAAAUAAUUUAUCGUUUUAUAAUAAAUCAAUUCAACCAAUUCCACAACAAACAGAACUAUCAAUGAAUUCUCAGCCGACUUAUAACUUAGACUUUCUGCAACAACAACAGCAACAAGCACAACCACCACCACCACAACCACAGCCACAACAACAAACCUAUCCACCUCAAUAUAAUCAACCUAUUCAGAACGUAUAUUCACAACCGAAUUAUCUACAUCCAGUUCAAGAAUUAACUCUUGAUCAACUUCAAAAUACUACAGAGGCGGAAGACAAAUCAAAAAGAACUAAAAGUAAAAGAACAAGACGAAGUAAUUCCAUUUCAAGUUCACAAGUUCCAGCAGAGAAUGAAUUGAAACAAUUAGCAAAAUCAAAACUUCAUAUUCCAUUAUCAGAAUUGGCAUAUAGGAUUAAACAAUUAGAAAAUCAAGAAAAUCCUCAAUUAACGGUGGCAAGCUCAACUACAGCAACAGCAGCAACAACUGCAUCAGUAGUCUCAGAAAAUACUGAAAGUAACAGAGAAACUCAACGACUGAUUUUUGGAAUGGUUUGGUUAUUAAAUUCAUGUGAAAUAUCCCCUACUGCAGUUAUACCAAGAAAUAGAAUUUAUGCAAGAUAUGUUCAAAUUUGUGCUGAUAAUAGUUUAUCCCCAUUAUCACCUGCAAGUUUUGGUAAACUUGUUAAAAUAUUAUAUCCUAAUAUUACCACCCGAAGAUUAGGAAUGAGAGGACAACUGAAAUAUCAUUAUUGUGGAGUUAAAUUAAAGGGAGAUCAAAAUAUGCAACUGCAAUUACAACAACAACAACAACAACAACAACAACAAAGUCAACAAAAUCAAUCAUCAUUAUUACAACAAAAUCAAUUAAUGAGUGGAUUUAUGGGAGGUAUAGAUUCACCAAUUUCUUCAGCUAAUUCUUCAGUUUCAUAUGAUGAUUCACCAAGGUCUAUGUCACAAAUUAAUACACCUUCAUAUACUCCAAUUAAUUCUCCAUCUAUUACAUGUUCAUCAUCAACUUCUUCAUUUACAUUAUCUGAUCAAUUACCACUGGUUUCUCAUAUGAAAUAUGUACCUGAUUUAUUAAAAUCAUUAAGUAAUGAAAAUAUCGCACCAGAAUCAAAUCCUUAUAUUCCAAUUGAAUUACCUUCAAUAUAUCCAUAUUUACCAAAACAAUCUGAUCGUGAUUUAGCAGAUACUUUAUAUUCAUUAUAUAAAGUUCAUGUAAAUUCUAUAUUUGAAUCUUUAAGAUUUAUGCAAUUAAAAAGAUUAUUUCAAAGUUUUAAUCAAUUUCAUAGUAUUUUAACUAUACCAGUUUACAAGCUAUAUACAAGUGAUUCAAUAUUAGAAUGGAUUCAAUCCUGUGAUUUAAUAAUGUAUAAAAAAAUGAUAAGAAUGUUAAUUAAAUUAACUUUACAAAUAAUGAUACCUCAAGAAAAUUUGAAUCAAUUAAAAAUUAUUUCAUUAAAUUAUUUAAAAACAUUAUCAAAUACAAUAAUAAAUCCAAAAAAUUCAAAAAAUUUCAUAAUGAUGAAAUUAAAAAUGGGAAAACAUUUUAUAAAUUUAUUGAAUAGAUUAAUUAAAGUUUUAGAAACUGGUAUAUCAGCAUCAAAAAUUUUAAUUAGUGUAAAUGAAAAACAAAAUAUGUUAAAUGAUUGGACAAAAUUAGAUUUAAAUGAAAUUAUAAAUAGAGAAAUUCCAUGUAUUGAUAUAAAUAUAAAUACAUUAAAUUAUAUAAUGAAGAUUGAAAUUUUUCAAAUUUUAAAAAAUUCAAUAACCAUAAAUAAUAAUUCACAAACUAUAAUUGAAAAUUUUGCAAAUUUUUUAAAUAAUUUACCUUCAAGAUUUUCAAAUAUAAAUUCAAGAUUAUUUUUAUUAUUAACUUCAAAUUUUUUAACUACUUGUUUAAGAGAAAUUAGUUUAGUUAGUGGAGAAAGUUUUGGAUCUUGGUGGAUUGUUAGAUGUUGGGUUGAUGAAUAUUUAGUUUGGAUAAUGGAAUUAGGUGGAUUUUUUUAUGAUGAUUUGAAAUUACAACUGAAACAACCUUUGCAAUAUUCAACUACGGAAACUCAACCACAACAACAACAGCAACAACAACAACAACAACAACAACAACCACCGUCUGUAGAAUUUCAAACUGCUGCCGGAACAAGUGGUGAAGCAGAUAAUUCAUUUGGUGCAAUUGAUUUAUUAGAAACAUCUUUUGAAUUUGAUAAAUCAUCUCAACAACAACAAUCUUCACAACAACAACAACAAUCACAACAACAUUCACAACAACAACAACAACAAACAUCAAUAGAACGAGAAUCUAAACGAAUCAUAGACUCGAUAAUUGCUGAUCCAAUCAGUUAUCGAUUAUUUAGUUAG